AUGUUGGAACGAAUGUUAUCAUUCUAUAUUUUUGUAUUCGUGAGCUUUACAGCUGUUGUAUUUCAAUGUGAUGGUGCUCCAGUUGUUUAUACUAUCACUUAUCAACAAUAUACAACUGUUCAAAUUGGAUGGACUCAGCAACAAGUUACACAAAAUAUCGGUAGUGCAGGAAAUCUUGUGUCACAAACUGGAACAGGAAAUACGGCUAUUACUAUUAUUAAAUAUACUGGAUCACAAUCACCUCUAGCAGUGGCUACAUUUCUUUUCCAAGGAGGAUAUCUUUUUAGUAAAACUCAAGUUGGUUUAGAUACAACAGUUUAUACAAUAACUCUAGCUCAAUAUACAGCAAUUGAAAUUAGAUGGACUCGUGAUCAAGCGACAAAGUUAGUUGGUAGUGCAGGAUGUAAUGCUUCGGAAGCUGGUACGGCUAAUACAGCUAUGAUUAUUGUUCAAUAUAAGGCAGCUGGGACUACCUUUGGUAUUGUUACUCUUGGAUUUGUUGGUGGAAAAAUAGUAUCAAAAUCUGAAAUUGGUUUUGCUACUACUGUUAGUAAUAAAAUUAAUCUUCUACAAUAUAAUACAAUACAAAUUGGAUGGACUCAACAACAAGUUACAACACUUCUUGGUGGUUCUGGUACAAUUGUUUCUCAAGCGGGAACACAAGCAGCAGUUACAUUUCUUUUUCUAGGAGGAAUUCUUUCAACUAAAUCUCAAAGUGGAUUAGAUACUGGUAUUUAUACAAUGACUUAUCAACAAUUUACAACAAUUGAAAUUGGAUGGACUCGUGAUCAAGUGACAAAUGUAGUGGGUAGUGCAGGAUGUAAUGGUUCAGAAGGUGGUUCAGGUAAUACAGCUGUUAUUGUAGUUCGGUUUACAGCAGCUGGAGCUGCCUUUGGUAAUGCUGAUCUUACUUUUAUUAACGGAAAAUUAACAGCAAAAACUGGAAUCGGUUAUUUUUUAACUAUCAGCAACAAAAUUACUUUACAACAAUAUAAUACAAUACAACUUGGAUGGACUCAACAACAAGUUACAGCACUUCUUGGUGGCUCUGGCACUCUUAUCUCUCAAUCGGGAGUACAAGGUUCAACAUCUCAAACUAGUAUAGUUCUGUAUACUGGAGGUGCAUCAUCUUCAGCAUCAGCUUUAAUUACUUUUCAAGGAGGAAUUGUUUAUAGUAAAACUCAAGCUAAUUUAGAUACAGGAGUUUACAUGAUUACUCAACAACAAUUUGCAUCAUUACAAAUUGGAUGGACUCGUGAUCAAGUAACACAAUUCAUUGGUAAUGCAGGAAAUGUUGCUUCAGAAGCUGGUACAGGUAAUGUAGCUGCUGUUAAUGUUCAAUAUAAAGUAGUUGGAACCGUCAUUGGUACUGUUAAUCUUAUAUUUAGUGGUGGAAAACUUUAUAUCAAAACUGGAUUUGGUUUUAAAUAA